CUUCACUUGACGCAAGAUGGAUCCUCUCUUUUUGAUUCAUUACAUACGUGGCGUUGAUGAUAUUUGUUAAUUAGCUGUGUGCUCUAGUGUUUUCACGGCCCUUAAAGCACCACAAUGGACUCUAACAUUAUGGAGAUAUUAGAGGAAUUCAUGGAAAGUGCGUUGGCGCAAUGGGUUCAGCUGUUUGAGAAGAUGGUGGAAAGGGAGGAUGGAGUCAUGCUCUACAGCCAGUACAUGGAAGUAAACUCAAUUUCGCAGAGUGUUCGGGACCGUUAUCUGAGGCUGACCAACGGGAUUUUCCUCAAUGAGGUCAUGAGGGUCAUAGACCCCAACCCCAAGGUGGAGCGGCUGUAUGACAGCAAGAAAGAUGACCAUAUGCUGAGAGUCCAGAACUUUUCUAUUUUAAAUCGACACCUCAGAGCCUUCUACCAGGAAGACCUGCAGCAGUUGAUACUGAUGCCUCUCCCAAAUGUUGCCAUUCUGGGUCAGGACCCCCUAACAGAGGCAGCCGUGGACGAACUCAGGCGACUUUUGCUGCUCUUACUAGGAUGUGCUGUACAGUGUGAGAAUAAAGAGAUGUUCAUUCAGCAGAUCCAGUCUCUGGACAUUGAGACCCAGGCAGGCAUUGCCAACUGUAUUCAGCAGGUGACUCAGGACCCUCAGAUGGUGCUGCCGCUUCAGUGGGAGGAGCUGAUGGAGGUGGAAGGUGUGGACUUAAAGCUGGUAUUUAGUUAUAUGGCCAAACAGAUCCAAAGCAUGCUGGCACAGAAAGACACACACCUGCAGAGGAUAGCAGAGCUGUGUCGGGAGCAGGAGGCCCAGGCUGACUCAACCACGACGGCCCUGGUUGGUCACAGUGAGGAGCCACCCCAAGGUCUGGCGCUCCAGCUGGCAGGCAGCAAGGCCAAACUCCGCCGCCUUAAACAAGAACUGGAAGAUAAAGGUGAUCAGAUAUUGGAUUACAAGCUGGAGAUUCAAACAAUGGAAGAACAGCUAAAAAAAGUUCAGAAAGAGAACCGUUCUCUGCAGGGUGAGUUGAGGGGCAUGCGCGCGAUGCGGGACGAGUUGGACUGCGCCCGUGAGCGAGCUGCGCGGGCUGAGCAGCUCCAGACUGAGCUUCAGACCUGUAAACACAGAUUGCGCAGCCUGGAGCUCACACGCACUCAACUGAAGGAGCAGCAGCAGCUGUGUGCAGCGCUGCAGGAGACAAAAGCUCUCCUGGAGGAGCAGCUGGCAGACGCACGUGCACGCUGCUCCACUGUACGGGAGCUGGAGAGGGACAAUCUUCUGCUGCGUCACAGGAUCAUGGAUGUGGAAGCGGAAUGGGACACUGAGAGACAGAGAGUUGAUGAGCUGCUAGAAAUGAACAUGAGCCUCGAGGCGGACCUGAGGCACAGUAGCAGCAGCGGCGAUGGGGGCAGCAUUCCCAUGCCAGUCACUGCAGUUCACCACCAUUUCCUCCAAUCAGAACUGGACUCUGACGAGGAGCUGAGCAGACUGAUUGAUCAGAAGCCGCUGAGUGUGGAAGUAGGCGAGGCAUCGGCGCUGAGGCUGCUGGGAGCAGAGCAAGAGAACGCUGAACUGAGGAGAUGUCUGGAGGAGCUGCAUGCACAGCAGGAGGCUGAUUCGCCAGAAGCAAAGGAUGAGCUGGCAUGCCUGGAGACAGAGCAUCAGAACACACUCAGGGAGUUUCAAAACUUGAAGAAUGAAAAUGCAACUUUGAAGCAGCGCCUAGAUGAGCUGGUGACCACAUUGCAACACAUAGAAGACAAGAGGAAGGAUGAAGGAAUGAAGAGGUCAGACAAAGAGGAGGUGGAGAAAGAGGAGAGAGGAGUCCAGGGCUCCGAAUCCUGCAGGGGAGAGGGUGAGGGAACAGUGAGGUUGACGGAGGACAGGGAGAGAAGAGGACAAAUCAUCGGGAUACAAAGGGAAUCAGGGGUUGGUGAAGAGAUUCUCCAUGGUCAAGGUGGAAAAGCAGAACUAUGCGAUGAGGAGAUCCAGUCCAAAAGGAGGGGGGAGGCAGAGGGAGGAGGGAAAGACAGAGAGAAACAGAAGAAGGACAAUGAGCUAAAGAAAGAACAGACUGUAGUAACAACAAGCUCAGAGCUCCCAAAUCAUCCAAAAAGCAAAGAAGAUAAUACAGAGACCACAGCUGUAGAGCAGACUGUAUGCUCCCUGGCUGGUCCUGAUGUCAAGCUUCUGAUGACCCAGCUCCAAGUGGCCCAGGAGGAGGCUGACAGACAGGCAAUUGUAGCCCAGGACCUGCGCUCCAAGCUGGGCGAGCAGAGCAAGAAAGCCUGGGAAGCUGAGCAGCGGCUGGUGCUGCUGGAGGCUGAACUACAGCGUCUGAAGAAAACUGCAGAGAGUCUGGGAGAGGCCCGUAGGCAGAUAGAGGUUCUUCAGUCAGAUGGUCUGACUAUGGAGGAGGAACUGUGCCGUCUGCGGAGUCAAGCAGAGCUUCACAAGAUGCAGACUACGGUCAUUGCCACUCUGGAAGGAGAGCGGGCUGCACUGGAGAGAGACAGGGAUACGCUACGCAGCACCGUGGACACCCUGCGCACAGCCCAGCGCAAGGGGGAACAGUUAGAGUUGACCACCCAGACUCUCAGGGCGGAGCUGGAACGUCAGGGGCGCAGUUUGGAGACUUCUCGACGUCGGGAGGAGGAGUUACAAGCAGAGCUCCGUGAAUUCACGGUGGAGGUCGAAUCUCUGGCCCGGGCGCGAGACCAGGCGCUGCUGGAGGCCUCACGUCUGGAGCAUGAGAAAGAGGUGUGUCAGUCAGAGCUGGAUGGCCAGCGGAAAGAGGGGAGGCAGAGGGACAGGGAGGGGGCGAGACUGAGGCAGCAGCUGGAGAGCACGACCCUGGCCCUGGAGCACAGCAACCACAGAGCUCGGGCUCUGGAUACUGAACACAGAUGUGUGUGUCAACAGCUGUCUGAGUCUAAGGAGCUCUGCACCCGACUACAGGACCUUGAGAAGGAGCUCAGCACUCGAUUAACCAGCAUGGAGGAGGGUAAACAGCAGCUGCAGGACCAGUACACAAAUGCGCAGGCCAAGAUUAGCUCACUGUCCCAGGACCUGUCCAAUGAGAAGGCUCGUUCUCACGGUCUGUCCACUGAAGUCGAAAGCCUGAACCUGAAACUACAAAAAACCGAAGCUGAACUAAAGGGGGCAACUUAUUCUCUCAGCCAAUCACAGGAGAAAAUAGAGUCUCUGUCACAAUGCUUGAAGAACAGUGAAUCUCUUCUCCAGCUGGAAAAGAGAAGAGGGAGUGCGGACAUGGAUGCUACCUCCACUUCAAAUUCAGACCCCUCAAACAAAUCACAAAUUUGUGAGACACAAAUCCAGGAGACGUCACCUCUGGAUCAACCCCCGGAGGCCAGUAAAGGUUGUGACCUUUCCUCAGGAGAGAAAGAGAGGCAGCUGAGUGAGAGGUUGAUAGAACUGGAAAAAGAGAAAGCAGUGGCAGUUGCAGGGCAGGAGGCUUUGCUGUCACGGCUGUCCCAGUCGCAGGAAGUGUGUAAGCACCUGAAGGAGCAGCUGGAGGCUCUGCGCCGGCACUCGCUCAGCCUGCAGGAGUCCUGCACCCAACUGCAAACACUCAACACCCAGCUACAGGUGGAGCAAGCAUCACUGAGCUCCCAGCAUGCAGCAGUGCUGGCACGCUGCAGUGACAGUGUGGCCAGGUGUGCGGCUCUGGAGGCAGAGUCCAAGGUGUGGGUGCGAGAGCGGGAGGAGUCAGCGGCCAGGGUGGAUGCUCUGAGGCGAGACCAUGAGCGGAUGACGGUAGUGCAGCAGCGGCAGGAGGUGGAGCUGGAGGAGCUGCUGGACAAACACUCUCAGCUACGCAGUAACAACCGCAGCCUGGAGGCCCAGCACAGGGAGCUGGAGGCCAGGUACAAGGAGCUCCUGGAUGGAAACACACAGCUAGAGGAGAGAGAGCGAGAGAUGAAGAUGGAGAGAGAGAAGAUGGAAGCAGAGGCACAGAGGAGGAUGGAGCAAGAACGGGAGCUGGAGAGGCUGAAAGAUGACAAUGAGAGGCUGCAGGCCCAGCAGAAGGAGGGGUUGGCGUCACAGGCGGAGCUGCUGGCUCAAGGCUCAGUGCUGAGGGGGGAGCUGAGCGCCUCCCAGUUGGAGAGGACUCGACUAGAGGGGGAGCUAAGCACCCUGAGGGAAACCAACCAGAGCCUGGACCUCAACAAUGCCCUCCUCAGCAGCGAGUACCAGAACCUGCUGAAGGAGAACCGGGCUUUAUUGGAGCAGACCCUGGAGCGUCGUGACAAGCACUAUACAGAACAGAGGGAGUACCAGGAGAAGCUGGGCGAGCUCCGUCGGGAGAAGCAAAAGUUGGUGGAGAAGAUUAUGGAUCAGUACAGAGUCCUCGAGCCCAGCAUGCUACCUCCAACCAGCAAGGCCAAGAAAUCUAACUGGAUUGCAGACAGGAUGAAAAAGCUAAUCAAACCCCGAGGAGGAGGAAGAGAGGGACGCGCCCUCUUCACCGCCGCGGGCAGUGUGGAAAAUCUGGCCGACAGCACUGAAUUUACAUCAGACACACCUCAGCAUGACCCUCGCAGUGCCCCUGUAUCUCCCUCUCCCUUGAGAAAAGUGUCGUCCCUAACAGAGCCGGACAUUAUGACUCCUGGGAGUCCAACCACGCGCCUGGGCUCCGGGGGUCGUCGUAAGCUGGGCUCUCGUCAUGGCUGGGGGUUGGGCUUGGCCAGAGGAGGCUCUCAGUCCUUCAGUCCUGGCGACAACAAGACACCGCCCCGCCUGCGAUUGCGCUCCAACCAGAAUAACUCCACAAUCCUCUGGGAGGGAGAGAGAGGUGAAACAAAUGCUCCCCAGGUAGCAGACGCACCACUGACCAGUCAGGAGAGCAUCGAGGAAGAUGAAGGCAGAGACAAUCAACAUUCCAGUGACGACACCCCGACGGCCUGAACUUCAGUCAGCUUGCAAUUAAAACAAGAAUGUUUUAUAGUAUGUGCUCACGGCAAAAUGUUUUUGUGUGUCUGACUAUUUUAAAUAAGAAAACCUUGGAGUAUAUUUCAAUACAUGAAUGAAUACAUUUUUUAGUAAAUGAUUUCCUGUGUCACUGAUUGUGAAGAAAUUAGCCACCUCUCGAGCCCCAGAACAAAAAAAAAGGUAAAGUUCAGACAACUCAUAAAUAGUUCAAAUUAAGUGUAAAAAGGAAUAUAAAGUGUUUUACCUUUCCUAUUAACCCUCAACCUAAGCUUAGAAUGUUGUUAUUUUUUCUUUCACCAGCAAUCACUUGAUAAAAUAAAUUAAAUCAUAAUUUAAUUCCUCCUGAUUUAUAUUUCACAAGAUCUUUAUUUUUCAACUUGGUGGCUCACAUGUAUUUAUUUAUCGACUGAACACAU